AUGGGGCUCUCAUAUAACGUCUAUAUCAACUCCAACAAGAUAUUCGGCUGCAAGCAUUGCAAAACACAUCUUGCGGACUACCAUGACAUUAUCAGCCGGAAUUUCCGUGGUCAACAUGGCAAAGCCUACUUGUUCGAAAAUGUUGUCAACAUCAAUGCCUCUGAGUCAGAGGAGCGCAAUAUGACAACAGGCAGACACGUAGUUCGUGACAUCCACUGCACUCAAUGCAAGGAAACCGUAGGCUGGAAAUACGACAAGGCCUAUGAAACAUCGGAAAAGUACAAGGAGGGGAAGUUCAUCCUAGAAGCUGAGCUUUUAUCUGUCGUCUAUUGA